AUGGAGAACGAAAAAGACAGACAAAAAGCUGAAUACGAAACUUCAAGGUCUGAAUUAAAACAUCUUUUAGCUCAAUUUGGUUCAAAAGCAAAAGUUGCAGACGAACUAGAAAAGGAUGUAUCUAAACUUCAUGGUAGCAUAGAAAGUUUAUUAGAAAAAGUUCAGGGCAAAGCUAAUAAGAGAUCUCAUAAUACAUACAUGUAUGUUGAACCGUACGAACCAAUUGUGCAUGGAACUUAUGAUACUGAUCAAACCGAAUCUUGGAAAUUAUUAAGGACAAUAACAAAUCUAAUAUAUGAUUUCUUUUCUGAAAUUUUGAACGGAGGUCGCGGGUUUGGCAACCCAAAUUACGAUGGAUCCGUUCCGAUAUGA